AGUCCAAAUCAUCAGAGACAAUGUUGGUUGAACUAAUUCACAAAUUUCUCAACUUAGUCGCUCCUCCGGUUUCCUUCUUCAGCUUGCUUCUUUUCUUACCACCUUUUCAAUUUUUCAAGUGCGUUCUCUCAAUUUUGGGCACACUUUUUAGUGAAGAUGUUGCUGGAAAGGUCGUCAUCAUCACUGGGGCUUCAUCUGGCAUUGGCGAGUAUCUGGCAUAUGAGUACGCCAAAAGAGGAGCAUGUUUAACCCUUGCAGCCAGAAGAGAAAGGAGUUUGAAUGAAGUGGCCGAAGGGGCACGUGAACUAGGCUCACCAGAUGUUAUAACAAUUCAAGCUGAUGUUUCGAAAGCCGAAGACUGUAGAAGGAUUGUUGAUCAAACCAUGAGUCACUUUGGCCGAUUGGACCAUCUGGUUAAUAAUGCUGGAGUGCACGCGAUUGCUCUAUUCGAAGAUACAGAAGAUGUCACUGAUUUUAAAUCUGUCAUGGACAUCAACUUCUGGGGUUCUGUUUACAUGACCCGCUUUGCGAUUCCAUAUCUUAGGUAUAGUGGGGGAAGGAUCAUUGUGCUUUCUUCAUCUGCUUCUUGGCUGCCUGUUCCAAGAUCAAGCUUUUACAAUGCAAGCAAAGCAGCAGUAUCUCAAUUCUUCGAGACGUUAAGAAUUGAGUUGGGGCAGGACAUCAAGAUAACUCUGGUGACGCCUGGCUUUGUUGAAUCUGAACUGACGCAAGGCAAAUACAUCGGUAAGGGUGGCGAUGUAGAGGUUGAUCAAGGAAUGAGGGAUGUAUUCAUAGGCGCGACUCCAGUGGCUAAAGUUGAAUCAUGUGCCAAGACAAUCGUCAAUAGUGCUUGCCGAGGCGAAAGAUAUGUUACAAUACCAGCUUGGUUUCGGGUUAGCUACUUGUGGAAGGUGUUUGCCCCCGAGGUGUUAGAAUGGAUGUAUAGGCUGAUGCAUCUCACCGGAACUUCACCAGAGGAUGCACUUAGCAAGAAAGUAGUGGAUUAUACUGGCGCGCAAAACGUGUUAUAUCCAGAGACUAUCAGGACUGGAGAAACAAAAACUGAUUAAUGUUCUGAUGUAAAAGAGGUUGUAGUUUCAUGAGUUGUGUUGUCUCCUGUUUCCUACAAACAUGACUUUUUCAAUUAGAAAGACCUUUGUAUUGUGACUAUGAAUA